AUGGAAACUAUAGAAGAAGAUAACAAUAAUAAUAAUAAUAAUGAUAAUGAUAAUGACCCCAAUUGCAAAGAUAUUAUAAACAAUGAUGGUGAAUACUCUAAAAAUGACAUAUAUAAUGGACUUGGUUUAUGUGAAUUACUUGGAGAGGGAACAUACAUAACAUCAUACAAGUAUAGAGUGCUCAACAAAUCCUUGUUCCCGUCGACCUCUUAUUAUGUAACACUCAACAAAAUCAAAGUCAAGUCAAGUACUGCCACCCAAGGUGACAAUUAUGUUAAAGACCUUGUACAAAGAUUAUAUGAAUAUCAGAUUCAUUGUAAUCAUCCUAAUAUAUCAAGAGUAUUCAAAAUAUAUACCAAGGGUAAACUAAAGAUUAGAGUAUUUAGAGAAUACGGUGAACGUUCAUUAGAGUCACUCUAUGACUACCGAUUUACACCGUUACAAAUUAAAAGUAUUAUGUUUCAAUUGGUACAAGCAGUCAAUCAUCUACACCAAUUUGACAUUGUUCACGGAUCGAUCAUAUCGAGACGUAUACUAUUUACUAGUGGAGUUGUUGGUAAUAUAAACAAAAACAUCGAUCUGCUACCAAUCAAGGUUAAAUUGGUUUACAGUCCAUCACCUUCUAAAUACACUGGAUAUGUUGCACCAGAAAAAUUGGUAGAAUAUAUCAAUGUUGACUAUGACGACGAUAUCAAGUAUCAACAAAAUAAUCAUAUCAAACCAACCAUAUCAUCUGAUAUUUGGGCAUUGGGAAGAAUAUUUUAUAACUUGUUAAAUGGACCCUAUUACCCUUCACACAUACAGUACUCUGAUAUGGUUGGAUAUUUGUACAGUUUAUUUCAAUUAUUAGGUACACCUACCAAAGAAUCAUGGCCAUCUAUCAACUCUAGUUAUUUCCCCAUUUUUAAAGGUACCUCUUUAAUAGACCUAUUACCUCCAUCAACAGACUUACUUGCAAUUAAUUUAUUAAAAAAUAUGUUGGUUUUAAAUCCAGAUCAUAGAAUUGAUACAUUUGCAGCACUGGAACACCCUUACUUUAAAGAUAUUUUACCUCAACCAUAA